AUGGAAGAAACACAGAAGCUGUGGAACUGCAAAGAUAAGGGAAUCUUACAAUAUCUAAUCCUGCUGUUUGUCUGGAAAGCAGUUGCUGGGCAGAUUCACUAUUCCAUUCCUGAAGAGAUGCAGAAAGGCUCUUUCGUGGGGAAUAUUGCAGAGGAUCUAGGGAUGGAUGGAAAGCAUCUUCCAGACCAUGACCUGCGUAUAGUUACCAGAACAGGUAUGGUUCAGUAUUUUUCUUUAAACAUCCACAAUGGUCAUUUACAAACCUCUGAGAGAAUAGACAGAGAGGCAGUCUGUGGACAGGCAGAGAAAUGCAUCUUAAACUUUCAGGUUAUUGUUGAGAGUAAAAGAAAACUGUAUGGAGUUGAAGUGGAGAUUACAGAUAUAAAUGACAAUGCCCCUAACUUCCCUCCUGGGGAACAAGAAGUGAAAGUCAAUGAGAUAGCUAUCCAAGGCUCUCGGUUUCCUCUACCUGAAGCUCAGGAUCAAGAUCUUGGAAUUAAUUCUGUGCAAAGGUACCAACUUACAGGCAGCAGCCAUUUUUCUCUGGAUGUGAAAAUGGGAGAGAACGGUGCCAGGCACGUGGAGCUGGUGCUGGAAAAAAUGCUCGACAGGGAAGAGCAAUCAGUGUAUGAACUAAUCCUCACAGCUACUGAUGGAGGUGAUCCAGUCAGGACUGGCACAGCUCAAAUCAAAGUAAUUGUUUCAGAUGCGAAUGACAAUGCGCCAGUAUUCAGUCAACCCCUGUAUGCAGUGAGCAUUGAAGAGAAUAUUCCUAAAGGGUCCACAAUCUGUACAGUUAGAGCUGUCGAUCUGGAUGAAGGAAUCAAUGGAGAGCUGAAAUACUCUUUCAAAAAGGUCACCAAGAGGGACUCACAAAUGUUUCUUUUAAACUCAACAACUGGCACGAUAACAGUAAUGGGGGACAUUGACUUUGAGGCAUGCUCCUUUUAUGAAUUUGAGGUGCACGCUGAGGAUUAUGGCGGACUGUUCAACAGGGCAAAGGUUGAGAUCACCGUUAAAGACCUGAAUGAUAAUGCCCCAGAGUUAACUGUAACCUUUCUCACAAGCUCCGUCAAGGAGAAUUCACCAUCUGGAACUGUUAUUGCUAUUUUAAAUGUAGAAGAUCGAGAUUCAGGAAUUAAUGGUGAAGUCACAUGUUUGAUUUCCCAAAUCCUCCCUUUUCAGCUGAAAAAAUCCACAGAUAACUUUUACAGUUUGGUAACAGCUGAGAACCUUGACAGGGAGCAGAGAGAAUCAUACAAUAUCACUGUUUCUGCAACUGAUCAUGGGACACCUCCUCUUUCUACAGCCAUGGUCAUAGCGCUUCACAUUGUAGAUACAAAUGACAACCCUCCUCACUUUUCAAAAUCAGUCUACACAUCUUAUUUCAUGGAAAAUAACCAGAGAGGAGCUUCAGUCUUUUCCCUAACAGCAAGUGAUGCAGACUGGGAUGAGAACUCUAGAAUAACUUAUUCUAUCACUGAAACAGAUAUCAAUGAUUCCUCCUACCUUUCCUCCUACCUUUCUGUUAACUCUGAGACUGGGAUUAUUUAUGCCCUGCGUUCCUUUGAUUAUGAAGAGUUCCAAGAAAUUAACUUCCUGGUCAAGGCUCAAGAUGGAGGCUCCCCACCACUUAGCUCCAGCGUCUCAGUGAUGCUCUUCAUCCUGGAUCAGAAUGACAAUGCUCCAGAAAUCUUGUACCCUUCCGUUCCCACUGAUGGCUCCACUGGAGUUGAGCUGGCCCCUCGCACCUCUGAGCCUGGCUACCUGCUGUGUGCUUCUGGGAGUGUGAAUUUCAGUGGCGUUCCAGUCUCACAAUUUGUGGGGAUCGAUGGUGUUCGAGCUUUUCUUCACUCUUAUUGCCAAGAGGUUUCUCUCACCACAGAUUCUAGGAAAAGCCAGUUCAAUUUUUCGAAGGCAAAUUAUUCUAAUACUCUGACUAAUGAUUUGACUGGUGAGGUAAAGGAUCCUAUCCUCGCUGGUGAAGAUUUUAAUUUAACCAGUGGAAAUCAGAUCGUAUUCCAGGUGAGUCAACUUUUUGUUGUUAAAUUGCCAGCCUAUAUCUCUGUAACGCCUUCGCAUGAAACCCUUAAGUAA